UUUAGCAAGUGCGAGUUCGACGGAAAAUUAUUAAUUGAAACAUAUUUAAAAUUACAAUAAAUUCAACAACAAGUAAGCCACAAACCGCAACCGUUUAAUUACUGUGAUAGCAACCAGAUCUCGAGCGGAAUCGUGCCGCAACCACAAAUUUAUAUCAGAAACCACACACACGCACGCACGCAUAAACUCGAGAGGCGACAACAAUUUAAUAAUCGCUUAAGGGAAAACUCCCAAUCUUAACACUCUGUAGCAUAAUUGAUCGAAAUGCCACCGAAGGAAAGGAAUAUAGCCAUGAUGGGCUAUCGCUCAGUGGGAAAAUCAUCGCUCAGUAUACAAUUCGUUGAAGGCCAAUUUGUGGACUCUUAUGACCCUACCAUAGAAAAUACAUUCACCAAAGUGACGCGAGUUAAUUCGCAGGACUUUGGGGUUAAACUGGUCGAUACUGCUGGACAGGACGAAUAUAGCAUUUUCCCGGUACAAUAUAGCAUGGACUUUCAUGGUUAUGUCUUGGUCUAUUCAAUAACAAGUCAAAAGUCUUUUGAAGUUAUCAAAAUCAUACACGAGAAAUUGUUGUAUGUGAUGGGCAAGAAAUAUGUACCUGUAGUUUUAGUAGGCAAUAAGACCGAUUUGCAUCAGGAACGCACAGUUUCCACAGAAGAGGGAAAAAAACUAGCCGAAACUUGGCGCGCUGCAUUUCUCGAAACAUCCGCUAAACAAAAUGAGUCUGUUGCCGAUAUAUUUCAUCAAUUGCUGCUACUAAUUGAGAACGAAAACGGCAAUCCCCCAGAGAAGAGCAGCUGCGUCAUAUCAUAAAUGCAACGACCAACAGCAGUUUUCACUUGCACAGCAGUUUUCACUUGCAGUUUUGGCAAACUAGCGACGUCUGUAUUUGCUGCUCAGCAGCAUUUCGGGCUGAAUUCUAGAAACAAAAGCAGGUUUUAGUAUAUUUUCCACCCACAACAAAAAACACCCAAAACUAGUGUCAACAACUUCAGUUACAAGUCUAUUAAGCAAAGUGUACAAUUUCUUUAGUUUCAAUUUAAUUAUAGAUUUCCUUUCAAUUUUAAUUUAGAAAAAAUUGUAUUUUAUGCACUUGGGUUUCACGAUUACACCACUUAUUUAAUAUAUAAUUUCGAUAUAAGUUUAAAUAAAAGAAAAUAAUAAAAAAAAAAAAAUAAGA